CAACAUCCGGGUCCUGGGCAGCGUCACGUGCCUGAUCACUUCCGGUAGCGUCUCAAUGAUGGCGCUCGCGUAGUCUUGGCGAUUCUUCCUCUAUGUAAAGCAGUUUGUUGAAUGCCUGCCGGCUUUUCGAUGGGGUGAAAACGCCCGUAUCGGUCUAAGACUACCGGGACGUAGCGUGAAGUGCGCCGGUUCCCAGGCAAAGCGAUUCGGGCACCCUGCAAGCUUCUCGUUUAUUCUGCAUCACUUUGUAGCGCUGAUUGUAUAGAUAGACCUUUCAUUUAACUGGUCCGGUAAAAUGGCCCCUGUUCAAAUCGGUUCGGAUGGGCAGCUGGUCCCGGCUGGGGGACCAAGUUCAAUAUCCCAGCCCCUGGGGGCACAUGGUGUACGGCUCAGUUUACUGAUUGAAUUCCUUCUGCAGAGAACGUAUCACGACAUCACCCUCCUGGCUGAGCUACUUCCAAGGAAGACUGACAUGGAAAGGAAAAUUGAAAUUGUGCAGUUCGCCAGCCGAACCCGCCAGCUCUUUGUUCGUCUGUUGGCCCUUGUGAAGUGGGCAGGGAAUGCUGGAAAGGUUGAAAAAUGCGCGAUGAUCUCCAACUUCCUGGACCAGCAGGCCUUCUUGUUUGUGGACACAGCCGACCGACUGGCUUCCCUGGCGCGGGACGCCUUGGUCCACGCUCGUCUGCCGAGCUUCGCCAUCCCAUUCGCUGUCGAUGUUUUGACCACUGGCUCCUAUCCACGUCUGCCCACUUGCAUCCGGGAUAAGAUCAUUCCCCCAGAUCCCAUCACUAAGCUGGAGAAGCAGGUCACCCUGCACCAGCUGAACCAGAUCCUGCGUCACCGUCUGGUCACCACCGACCUGCCCCCGCAGCUGGCCAACCUGACUGUGGCCAACGGCCGAGUGAAGUUCCGAGUCGAGGGAGAGUUUGAAGCCACGCUAACUGUGAUGGGGGAUGAUCCAGAUGUUCCCUGGAGGCUCCUGAAGCUGCAGAUUCUUGUUGAGGACAAAGAAACGGGAGAUGGCCGGGCCUUGGUGCACAGCAUGCAGGUGCACUUCAUCCACGAGCUGGUGCAGUCUCGCCUCUUCGCUGAUGAGAAACCCUUGCAGGACAUGUUCAACUGCCUGCACUCGUUCUGCCUGGCCCUGCAGUUGGAGGUGCUCCACUCGCAGACGCUGACGCUGGUGCGCGAACGCUGGGGUGACCUCGUCCAGGUGGAGCGCUACCUCCCAGCGAGAUGUUUGACCCUGGCAGUCUGGAAUCAGCAGGUCCUGGGCCGAAGGACAGGCUCUGCCUCUGUUCACAAGGUCAACAUCAGAGUCGAUGAGACGGACAGCUCCAAGCCAUUGCAGAUAUCCCAUGAACCUCCACUGCCUUCCUGUGACCGUAAACUAAUGGAGAGAGCCUUGCGGAUCGACCAUCUGUCAGUAGAGAAGCUGUUGAUUGACAGUGUUCAUGCACGCUCCCACCAAAAACUUCAAGAGCUCAAAGCCAUACUCAAGACCUAUAACCCCAGUGAUAACUCCUUUAUAGAAACUGCUCUGCCUACCUUGGUCAUCCCCAUCCUGGAACCCUGUGGUCGCUCGGAGUGUCUCCACAUCUUUGUUGAUUUGCAUUCCGGAAUGUUCCAGCCAAUGCUAUAUGGAACUGAUCAGUCCAUGCUGGAUGACAUCGAAAAGUCUAUAAACGAUGACAUGAAGCGCAUCAUCUCCUGGCUCCAGCAGCUUAAGUUCUGGUUGGGGGAGCGGAGGUGCCGGCAGUCGGUGAAGCACCUCCCGACGGUGUGCUGUGACUCCCUGCUGCUGGGUAACGCUGACUCCCACCCUGCCGGCAGCCUCUCCAAGCAUCGCCUCAUCAUCAAGCUCACUCGCCUCCCGCAGUACCACAUAGUGGUGGAGAUGUUUGAAGUUCCUGGCUGCCCCACUGAGUUGGAGUACAAGUACUCCUUCCUGUCUGUCAGCCAGCUGCAUUCUGAGGAUGCUACAUCCAGAGCUCAGCUGCUUCAGCAGUUUAAGUCCAACCUGGAGGACCUGGUGCUAGACUGGGGCACCAAGUCUGGUGCCAAGAGGAAGCUCUCAGGGGACCGGUGUGCCGUGGAGCCCAAGAAGCCCAAGAGAUCGGGCGAGAUGUGUGCCUUCAACAAGGUGGUGGCUCACCUGGUAGCCAUGUGCGACUCCAACAUGCCCUUCAUCGGCCUGCGUUGUGAGCUAUCUAACAUGGGGAUCCCUCACCAGGGAGUGCAGGUAGAAGGAGAUGGCAGCGGGCAUGCUAUCCGUGUCCUGAGGAUCCCUCCAAGCAAGGUGCUCAGUGAGGACACCAGCAAGGCCCUGGAGCGCACCCUGUUGGACUGUACCUUCAGGCUUCAGGGCCGCAACAACCGUACCUGGGUGGCGGAACUGGUCUUCUCCAACUGCCCCCUCAGUAGCACCUCCAGCAAGGAGCAGGUCUCCGCACACCAUGUCUACCUGACCUAUGAAAACCCACUUUCUGAGCCGGUUGGUGGCCGCAAGGUUGUGGAGAUGUUCCUAAAUGAUUGGAAUAGCAUCAGUAAGCUGUAUGAGUGUGUGCUGGACCUGGCUCGAUCCCUGUCAGACAUGCCGUCUUAUCUGAGCCUCUUUUCGGAGAUCCGCUUGUAUAAUUACCGCAGGCUGGUCCUAUGUUACGGCAGCACGAAGGGCAGCUCGGUGACGAUCCAGUGGAAUUCUGUCACCCGGCGGUUCCAGCUCUGCCUCGGCACAGUAGGGCCUAACUCUGGCUGCAGCAACUGCCAUAACAUCAUUCUCCACCAGCUACAGGAAAUGUUCAACAAGACUCCCAAUGUUGUGCAGCUGCUGCAGGUGCUCUUUGAUACUCAGGCCCCUUUAAAUGCCAUCAACAAGCUGCCCACAGUGCCCAUGCUGGGACUGACUCAGAGGACCAACACAGCCUACCAGUGCUUCUCCAUCCUCCCCCAGUCCCCAACACACAUCCGCCUGGCCUUCCGCAAUAUGUACUGCAUCGAUAUCUACUGCCGCAGCCGCGGCGUGGUGGCCAUCCGCGACGGGGCCUACAGCCUGUUUGACAACACGAAAAUCGUGGAGGGGUUUUAUCCAGCACCUGGCCUUAAGACGUUCCUCAACAUGUUUGUGGACAGCAACCAGGAUGCACGGCGGCGCUCGGUGAAUGAGGACGACAACCCCCCGUCGCCUGUGGGGGUGGACAUGAUGGAGUCCCUCAUGUCCCAGCUUCAGCCCCAGCCGUUUGUCAAACAGCAGCCAGGAGGCAGCGUCUACGCUCCACUCACGUCCCCUCCGACCCCCUACCACCAGAACGUAGCCCCAUCUCCCUCCAUGAUCCCCACGCAAUCCCCAGGUAAUAUCCAUGCCGCCAACUCGCCCAGUGGUGCCUUGCGGGCCCCCUCCCCCUUCGGACCCACCCCGUCUCCUUCUUCGCUGGGCAUUUCUAUGGGACAGACGUCCAACUUUGCCAGCCCACAUGGAGCUUUGGACCCCAGCUCGCCCUACACAAUGGUCUCCCCCAGUCAGCGUGCGAGUACCUGGCCGGGGUCCCCGCAGGUGUCUGGCCCUUCUCCUGGUGCCCGUAUCCAUGGGAUGUCGCCGGGCAACCCCUCCCUCCACUCCCCUAUCCCCGACGCUUCGCAUUCCCCCCGUGCUGGACCUAAUUCCCAAACCAUGCCCACCAACAUGCCGCCCCCCCGCAAGCUCCCUCAGCGCUCCUGGGCGGCCUCCAUCCCCACUGUUCUUACCCACAGUGCCUUGCACCUCCUGCUCCUGCCCUCCACCACGCCAUGCCUGGUGCCCGGGUUGGCCGGCAGCUACCUGUGCUCCCCGCUGGAGCGCUUCCUGGGCUCCGUCGUCAUGAGGAGGCACCUGCAGAGGAUCAUCCAGCAGGAGAACCUCACCAUAGUGAAUUCGAAUGAACCUGGCGUCAUCAUGUUCAAGACAGACGUCCUCAAGUGCAGGGUAGCGCUGAACCCCAAGACCUACCAGACCCUCCAGCUGAAGGUGACUCCUGAGAAUGCAGGACCCUGGGCUUCGGAGGAGUUACAGGUGUUGGAGAAGUUCUUUGAGACCAGGGUUGCAGGACCCCCCUUUAAGUACAACACCCUAAAUGCCUUUACCAAGUUGCUGGGGGCCCCCACCAACAUCCUCAGGGACUGUGUACGCAUCAUGAAGCUGGAGCUGUUUCCAGAGCAGGCUGCCCAGCUCAAGUGGAACGUGCAGUUCUGCCUGACCAUCCCCCCCAGUGCGCCUCCCAUCGCCCCCCCCGGCACCAUCGCUGUGGUUCUGAAAUCCAAAAUGCUGUUUUUCCUCCAGCUGACCCAGCGGAUGCCCCUGGGCCAGGAGCCCGUGUGCCUCAUCGUGCCCAUCGUGUACGACAUGGCCACGGGCCUCACGCAGCAGGCCGACAUCCCGCGCCAGCAGAGCUCCUCCGGAGCCGCCGCCCUCAUGGUCAGCAGCAUCCUCAAGAGGUUCAACGACAUGCACCCCCCACGCCAAGGUGAAUGCACGGUAUUCGCCUCUGUUCAUGAACUCAUGGCCACUCUUACACUGCCCCCUGGUGGUCGCCCAUAGCAUCUUCUCUUCUGCGCUCUAAAUCCUACAUUGAGAGGAGCCACUCCUGUACACUGCCUACUGUGCCCCAGAGAAAAUGAAUCUCUUCAUUUGACAAUGAUGUCAAAGCUGAGUGUCUAUGGCUGAGUUGCCUUUAGCCAUCAAACAGUUAUGAUGCAAAAACUUUAUAAAAUUCAGUUGUAAGGAUGUUCUUAACGAAUGAAUGAGCACUGCAGAAUCCAAGUCAUAAAUGAAAGUACAAGCUACUGUAGAUUUUAAUUUAUUUUCCUCCCAUUCGCACUUCACUGUUUUACCUACAGUUGUACAUUUUUUGCUUACUAGGAUAAACAAUAGUUGUAACAGGACAUUUUGCAAGAAGCUUUAUUCAAAUAGAUUUUAUACCAAAACGCCAAUAUUAUUGAUGUAUUGGAAUUUACUUUUGCUUAGUACUCCUAUAUAAAUGUCUCCCUUUUUAAUGUUGUGAUUUGUCAGUUAAGUGUCACUUUGCAUAUUGUAAAACUGUGACAAAGUUUAUAAGUAAGCCCUAUUUUAUUAUGGGAUGCUCUUGUGACCGAAUAGAAGAAUGUGAGAUGAAAUGUCUGUCUUUAAUAAAUGCUAUUUAAGUAAAUA